AUGCAGGCCCUCUCCGCGUUCAUCGUCUCCGCUAUGGCUCUCUCCGCCAUGGCUGCCCCUACCGCGACCGCCACUGGUGCCUCUGCUCCGGCCGCGACGGGUAUUCCUGCUAUCAGCCCAGGCUCAACGGUCCAGUUCCAGCUCUACAACACCGACGUGUGCAUUGGCGCUCCCGAUGCCACCUCCACCGUUGGCGCGAACAUGUUGCUCGCGGCCUGCGGCUCUGAGCGCACCGUCUUUGAGCUUCCGACUGGCGCUCCCACCGACCCAACUCAGCUCGCGUUCGGCCCUAGCCGCUCGGGCGCCAACGGUCCCAUCACCUGCGUUAACGCUCGCAACGUCGCUGUCAACCAGGCUGUCUUCCUAGAUGUUUGCGAGGACGACGCGUACGAGCGCUGGCGCGUCAUUGGCGGUUCUGGCAUUGGCCCCGUCAUCUCGACCGGCACCGGUGCGAAGAACGGCACGUACUGCCUCUCUGCGAUCAGCAGCACCGAAGGAAGCCCUGUCGUGUUCGGUUCUUGCACCGGCGGGCUCACCCAGCAGUGGUCUACUACUGUUCUCUCUACGAACUGA